AUGCUCUCUGCGCGGUCUGCUGUAGCGUCCGUCUGUCGUUGUUUGUUGUCGUUUACAUUUUGUCGUUCGGUUCCGAGUUGUUGUGCAAUCAACUUGAUUGUGUACUGCGACAGCCUCGGUAUGGAUUUUGGAUUGCCGAACGGUUUUGUUCGCGUGCAAAAUCGGACGCCAUUCAAAGUCAACGUCAAUUUUUCCAUACGUCAAUCGAUACGGACUGAAGAGCGUUCAAGAGCAGUCAGGCCGGCAGUAAUGCACUCAAUCUCAAACCUGAUCCGUUGUUUUCACCUUCUGCUGUGGUUAUGGUAA